AGACCAGCAGACUUCAUCACAAAAUUGUAUACAUCUUUACAAGGUCGGUAUGUUGAACAUGUUAUGCAGCAUGGUCUGCCAGACAAACUUCUGGACAAAACUGUCAGAGUUUUGACUAAACCGGCGGAUGAUCCCAAAGAAAAAUGGAACAAGAGGGAAAGUUCUGCUGGUCAGACAAAGACCAAAUCCAAGUAUUUCAAUCCCCCAAAGACAUUACCCAAUCCCAGAACUUCCAAAGGCACAAACAAACAAAUCACCAAAGCUGAUGAUGAUGAUAAUAAUAAAGAAUCACAGUUAACCUUGCUUUGGAAAAAGAGUGACACAGAAGUUGUAGUAGCAGUUGUUCCGUCACAGAUUAAAGGUCGGAGCAUUGUGAUUCAUCAUUCUGACUUGUGCACUCUUCGACCAUAUCAGUGGUUGACAGGGGAGAUCAUUGAAAGCCUUCUGCAUGUGGCUGCCCAUGCAUUGGGAGUCAUGGACACCUUCUACAUCCUGAAUCACUACUCAGCUGGUGUGAUUUUGUUCGGGGACAGAACUGAGCUUCCUAGACAAAGUUUACCAAAGGUAAACUUUGACAACUAUGAAGCAGUUCUGUCAUUUGUCCUUGUGAACAACAAUCACUGGAAGUUGCUGUACAUCAAUGCAGAAGCCAGAACUGUGUUCCUAAUAGAUCCUGCACAAGUAUCAUCUGAGCUUGUGGACUCCCAAAAGGCAGCUAAAAGAAUACAAGAAUACUUCAAAAUGAGAAGGACAUGCCAUGGAAAAACAGACUGGGUUGGGAUCCAAUGGAAAGGGGGGACAAUGCGCCACCCUAUUCAACAAGACGGAAGCAGCUGUGGAGUUAUUGUAGUCAAAAUGGCAAAAGCUUGGAUGGAAGCCUUCCCUCUGAUGCCAGAUGUAGAUUUUGACACAACAAAAAAGGCAAUGAAAAGUGAAAGAAGAACUCUCGCUCUUCAAAUCCUUGAUGCAUCAGUAUUCGAUGACCACUGUUGGUGUGCGAUGUGCGCUGCAUACAAAGCCCCGGGGUCUGGCCCUGGAAUGACAGACUGGAUCCAGUGUGACAACUGUGACCGAUGGUACCAUGCCCUGUGCAUGAAUAUGAAGAGCACAGAAUUUCAAAAGAAAAAAAAAGGCAGUUGGAAAUGUGUAUUGUGUAGUUGAUCUUGAAACUAGAAACUGUGUUCAUUAUUGUUCGAAAUACUUUUUGAAAAUAUCUGUGGAAAAUGAAAAUGUAAUAUGUUUGUUUGGCAUUGAUGCUAUGUGUGAUGUAUAAAGUGUACUUGAAUGAUUUCAAAGAGAUUUGAAGUCAUUUUAUGACGUAAUCUGAAAGCUAUUAAGCAACAAUCUUAAACUUUAAGGAAAAUAUUCCUAAGAAUUAUAAAAUAAAAACAUAAAACAUAAAUGACUGUGCCUCAUCUA